AUGCCAAGGAAGCAUCUUAUAUCUCCCGAACAGCCUAGUUUCGAGCUUCCUUCGUUACCACCAUGGAGAACUCCCCGCAUAAAGAUCCUGAACAACACGCCGCUACGACGGGGCCCGCCCGCAGAUGCAAAUGCCUUUGGAACACCAGACAAAGAUCAGGCGUUUAUGAGCGAGAAAGAUCCAGACGUCUACGAUUAUUUCCCUCUCAGCAACAAAAGGUUGCUUACCGAAAGCAGAAUUAAUCAGCUGUUACAGUCCGAAACAGCUGCGCAUUGUCUCGUGUUCCACAAGGAUAAGCACGAUGAGCAAGAACCUGGCUACAGGCCAGAUCUGGACAUUUGGUGUUGCGACAGCUCAGAUGAAGAGAUACCGACGAGUGCAGAACACAUUCUACUCUCCGUUCCGGAGGCUAUUUCACGCGAUACAACGCUCAUCCUGGCAAGGCGGGACGGUUUGCAGAGGCCCAACGUAAGAAGGGCUGAUGAUUUGCUACAACAAGAGACAAAAGCACUCGAAAGGUUCUGGGAUAAUACAGAGCUUACAAGCACGUUAAACAGGCACCAAAUGCACGACCAAUUUCUUAUUCUUCAACAAGAGCAGGACGAAAUCGAAAAAUCAAAGCGUGAGCUUCUUCUCAAUGAUUCCAUUUCUGAUGUUGACAACUUGGACUCAUACAAAUGGCUUAAGGACUACUGCAGGGAUAUAUGGGAAAGAGAUUCAUGGAUGUACGAGGCCAAGUAG